AUGACCGUUCACAAGAUCGACAGCUCCGCCACUCCAAGGUCCGCCAGCACCGCUGGGGGUCCACAGGAGAGUGAGAUCAAAAUAACCCCAAGAACAGCUCGCACCACCGGUGGGGAUACACGGAUAACCAAACUUCGAGACGACAUUGCUGAACAGAUGGAGGGAGAAUUUAGCAUCGUCAGCGUUGAGGGAUUUGUCUCGCAUUAUCUACCAUUUGAGCCCGCCGAAGACGAUGUCAAGAAAACGGAGGAAUCGCUUUCCAAGAUGGAAAUCUUGGUUGAAGUGGAUGGAAAUCUCCGUUUUCACGAAUUCCCGGUCCCCCCUUCCAAUGCUAAUGGGACAGAGACUCCCUCGUACAGACCUCUCAAGGAUAUUUCCUGCGCGAUAGCUUAUGUGCCUGUCGAGGGUCGGAAGCGCAACGAAUUCAGCUUCCGUGUUUGCCCCAACACCGUCAUCAAGUCGCAAAUUGCUGGCUCGGACAACAGGGUCGACGGAUGCUUUACCUCAGAGGAUCCCGAGAGCAAGACGUUGGAUACCUCCCGUCUUGCGUGUAUCCUCGAAUACAAGCUGAAGCCCUUGCAGAAGGUUGAGAACAACAAGCAAGCCCUGUCGGCAAGUGUCCAGAUUAUGAAUGACGAUGUCCGUCGCAUGUUCACAUAUGGGAUUACUAUUAUCCAAGAUCGUGUUACUCUAUGGUAUCAUUCUCGGUCGCACUCGAUGAUUUCACAACCCUUCAGUUUUGUAAAAAACCCACGACUCCUGAUCAAAGUGUUCAUGUCCUUCUUGUUCGCCACAGAGGAAGAGCUGGGCUAUGACCCGAUGGUCACGCGAGACGCCAAAGGGGACUAUAUAUACAGAAUCCCCUCUACCGAACAGGGACAACAACGCGACCGUUUCUUCCGCACUACUGCUUCCAUCGCCGAGUAUCGUUCGAACAAUAUCACUGGUCGUAUGGCUUGGGUAUGGAAGGUAGUCGAAUGCCACUCCAAUGGCGAUGUACUAUCCCCCAGUGAGCCUUCCCACGUGUUGAAGGAUGUCUGGCUGGAAGAUUCGGCACUCACUGAAUCGCAGAUUCAGUCGCAGAUCUUCGAGGGUAUCAAAGAGUUCUUCCGUGAGAAGCCGGGCGAGCGAUAUGUUAACUUCCAGAAGUUGCAGCCUUCGAUCAGUGACCUGGAGAAGAAUGACGCAUACACGAAUUACUUCCUUCAAAUCGUGACGGAUUAUGAAGGCAGGCGGACUAAACCACGCUUUCCCAAUUCGCAAAGAGAGCGCAGGCUAUUCUCCGCUGUUGCACCGUUAGCGCUUCCGACGACGUCAAAUCGGGGUGGUAGCGGGACUCCCCGCCCGACCGAAAGCAAGAUCACCUUCGAUGAGGGUCCUCGCGAAUUUGCGCCGAGGAAACAAUAUCGGGUUAUCUUUGGAGAAGUAUGUGAGGCUGUUGGUGACCUUGGGACCGUAGGCGAGGUUGCGGACGUCCUCAGCCAGGCAGUUGUUGGUAGGGUUCCCUCCACUUUUCAUGGAUGA